CAUAUAUACGUGACUUUAGACAACUUUAUCAGCCCAGUGCCGUAUUCACCUGCCAUAAACUAUAAAGAUAAAAUAAGUAACCUUAACAAGUGACAUUCCAAUAUAAACAAUAGUGUAAAUCAUUGUGUUCAUAAUCUAUACAUUUGUUUACGGUGUAGUAGAUUCUUAUUAACAUAAUGAGUGAAGCUAAAGACAAUAAACAAGCCAAUACUCCGGUCGGCGCUAAAUGUCGUGGGUGUUCAUCAAGUAUCGCAAAAGAACAUGCACAAUGUACUAACUGUCAAUCGUACUAUCAUCCCAGUUGUGCAAAACAAGCCGUGCCUCUAUCUGGUGGUAUCUUCCAAAGAUGUUGCGGAAGAAGAGGAUCCGCAUCCACUUCUGAUGAAAUCCGCGACAUGCUCAAACUAGAAAUGCUCGCACUAAGAAAAGACUUCAAAAAUGACAUCAAAAUUGAAUUAGCUCCUGUCAUUACCAGUGUAAACGGACUAAAGUCUCAAGUGCAAACCUUUACAGAGCAAUUUCAAAAGAGAAUUAGCUCAAUAGAAAAUAAAGUCACUGAACUUGACACUAGAAUUGAGUUGAAUGCAAACACAAUCAACACUAAUAAUGAAAAAAUUACAGAGCUCACUAACAGAAUCUUUGAGACUCAAUGUUUAAAUGACAAUAUAGUAUUACUGAGGGAGGUUGAUGAUCAAAUGGCUAGAAGAAACAAUGCAUUAUUUCUUGGAAUCAACGAACCUAAUUCAGUAUCAUCUUCAGAACGUCUAUCAAAUGAUUUAAGUCAAGUACAAGGAAUAUGCGACACUCUUGUAAACAAGGUUGAAAUAGUUUCGUGUUUUAGAAUUGGUAAAUUUUCCUCAGAAUCGCUUCACCCAAGACCAAUCAAGGUUACUUUUGCUAAUUACAUUUCUGUUGAUCAGAUAAUAUCGGGUUUGAUAAAGGCGAAGAGGACGAAAAACUUUCUACUACCAGUAAAGAACCUCUCAACCGUUCACGAUCGCACAGUACUCCAAAGGAAGGAGCAGAAGCUAGUCCAACAACAACUUCAGGAGAGGAUAGCAGCUGGAGAGAAGAAUUUGAAGAUUGUCAGUCGAAACGGUCAACCGAUCAUAGUUCAGGGUCGUCAAAAUACUUCAGUUUCGACUCCAAGAGCGUCAACAACUUAAACUUAAGUUCUUUUGAACUUACAUUAUAUUAUCAGAAUGUUAGAGGAUUAAAUACUAAGCUGGAUGACAUCUUUAGUAAAACAUAUAUGGUUGAGUAUGACAUUUUUGCUUUUUCCGAAACAUGGCUUAAGUCAGGAGUUCAUAAUAGCGAAAUAUUUAAUAAUAAUUAUUCUGUUUUUAGAUGUGAUCGACGAGAGGAGUUCAGAAGAUCAGGUGGAGGUGUACUGAUUGCAUGCAGGAAUACUCUGAAUGUAGUGCCUUUAAAAUUUGAUAACAUUCAUCAACUCUUCCCCCAGGUUGAGAUCGUGGGAAUUUUAAUUACUAAUCUUAAUAUUAAAACUCAUAUAGUAAAUAUUUAUAUUCCACCUGACCUGCCUACACAUAUCUACUCCGAUCUCCUUGAAUUGCUCUCGUCACACUCUGCAAUGGAAGCUGAAGCUUUGGUACUACUGGUAAAAAUAUUUUUCC